GAGAUUACAAAAUGAAAAUGAUAAUGAAGAGAUAAUAGAGAUGUCUACUUCAGAGAGUGAAAUAGAAACUUAUAGAAGCCGAUCAACUAUAUCCAGUAAAGCUUCUUUUCUUUCUCGUGUAAAACGUUCUAAAGCAUCCUUAUGUUUUGGAAAUGUUUCUGAUAAUGAUAAUACAGAAUAUUCAAAAAAUUCAAAGAAAGAAUUUAAUACUAGCAAUAAAUCUGUAAAUAGUGUAAAUAGCAGUAUAAAUAGUAUAAAUAGUGUAAAUAGCAAUAUAAAUAGUAGCAAGCAAGAGAAAAAGUUAAAAAAACGAAUGUAUCGUACAAAGUCUAAUGCAUGGGAUUUUUUUACAAAAAUUGAUACAACACAUGCUCGAUGCAAUAUUUGUAAGAAAAUAUUUAAAAAUUGUGGGAAUACUACUAACUUUUUGAUACAUAUAAAGAAACAACAUGAAGUCGAAUUUAAUAAACAAUAUUUAAGUGGUUCAGAUUCUGAAGGAUUAUGUUCCGAGGAUUCAAAAUCAAUCACCUCCACAAAUGUCUGUGUUUCAGAUGGAUGGACAUCCAAUGCAAAUGAAAGCUAUUUGGGUAUUACGUGUCACUUUUUAAAGUAA